AAAGUGUUGGUUCAUCAGGUAUUGUGGCAUGGCCGUUGUGGCAUUGGGCACGUGCGUGAGGUUUGGUUGUGGGAGACGGACGUAGUAACAAAUUGCAUUGGAAAUGAAGUACAUUUUGGUUACUGGUGGAGUUAUAAGCGGUGUAGGAAAAGGUGUUAUUGCUAGUUCUUUCGGAACUAUUUUGAAAUGCAGUAACAUCCACGUGACUUCAAUCAAGAUAGAUCCGUACAUCAAUAUUGAUGCUGGCACGUUUUCACCGUAUGAACAUGGUGAAGUUUAUGUUUUGGAUGAUGGAGGAGAAGUAGAUCUUGAUCUUGGAAACUAUGAAAGAUUUUUGGAUAUCACAUUGCAUCGUGAUAAUAACAUCACAACUGGGAAAAUUUAUCAGCAUGUCAUAAGCAAAGAGAGAAGAGGUGACUUUCUGGGAAAGACAGUACAAGUUGUGCCCCAUAUCACAGAUGCAAUUCAAGAGUGGGUAGAGAGAGUUGCUAACCAGCCUGUAACUGAAGAUGGAACGAAGCCACAGGUGUGCAUUGUUGAGUUGGGUGGAACUAUUGGAGACAUAGAGGGAAUGCCAUUUGUUGAAGCGUUUAGACAAUUCCAGUUUCGUGUUAAGAAAGAGAACUUCAUUUGUGCUCAUGUGUCUAUGAUUCCUCAGCCUCGGACCACUGGAGAACCAAAAACGAAGCCAACACAAGCAAGUGUCAGAGAACUUCGAGGUUUGGGGUUGUCCCCAGACUUGAUCGUGUGCCGUAGUGAGAAUCCAAUCGGUCAGGCUGUAAAGGAUAAGAUUUCAAACUUCUGUCAUGUUGCUCCUGAGCAAGUACUUUGCAUUCACGAUUUGUCUUCCAUCUACCGAGUACCAAUUCUGAUGGAGAGCCAAGGAAUUUUGGAAUUUUUCAAUGACCGUCUCCAAUUGAAUAUUCCAAUGCCUCCUCCAAGAAAAUUUAUGCAUAAAUGGAAGGAUCUUGCUGAAAGGGCAGACACAUUAUGCAAGGAUGUAACAGUUGCUCUUGUUGGAAAGUAUACAAAGUUGGAGGAUGCCUAUGCUUCAGUGACCAAAGCUCUUCAACAUGCAGCAGUAGCUGCUGGCUUCAGACUCAAGAUUAAGUACAUUGAGGCAGCUAAUUUGGAAGAAGCAACAAGAAGGUCUAAUCCAGUCCCAUAUCAUGAAGCUUGGCAAGAGCUCUGCAAAAGCGAUGGCGUAAUUGUCCCUGGUGGUUUUGGUAAACGUGGUAUGGAAGGAAAGAUGGAGGCUUGUAAAUGGUGCCGAGAAACCAAGAAGCCAUUUAUAGGCAUAUGCCUUGGCCUGCAGGCUGCAGUCAUAGAGUUCUCAAGAAAUGUACUUAACCUGGCAGAUGCCAAUACAACAGAGAUUGAUCCUGACACUGAAAGUGCAGUAGUAAUUGACAUGCCAGAAUACAAUCCUGGGAUAAUGGGCAGUACGAUGAGGCUUGGGAAACGCACUACAGUAUUUGCACAUGAUAAUUCAAUACUUAGACAGUUGUAUGGAAACAAGGACAGAAUUGAAGAAAGACAUAGGCAUCGGUAUGAAGUGAAUCCAAAAUAUGUUUCUCAACUGGAAGCUGCUGGCAUGAAGUUUGUUGGCCGUGAUGAAGAUAAUAUUCGUAUGGAGAUUGUUGAACUGGAUGACCACCCUUACUUUGUAGCAAUGCAGUACCACCCAGAAUACCUCUCCAGGCCUUUGAAGCCUUCUCCCCCAUUCCUUGGCUUGAUUCUGGCAUCAGUCGGAAAGUUACAUUCGUACUUGGCUCGUGGCUGUCGGUUGACUCCAAGACUGCUGUCAGAUGAUGAUUCAGAUGAUGAAAUUCCAAGAACAAUGUUUAAAGAUAAUUUUGUGAUAUCAAAAGAUAUGCUGAUUGAAGAAAGAAGCAAAAGUACCAUCUCUCUUCCUGAAUUGGUUUAGAGAAGGUGUUGACAGACCAGAGCUCAGACUGUGGAAGUCAUCAUGCACAUUAAGAAGUACUUUGGGCUGUUUUUCUGAAAAAGAUGGUAGCUAUUGAGUUGCUGUAUCAUGGUAUUGUACAGUUUAUGAUACUGCAUUUGGAUAUGUGGGAGCUGUUGCUCAUGAAAAAGGUGGAUUAUCUGCUGUAUCACAUGAUUGUACCCAUGGAUCACGUGAUGAGAAUGCCUACAUUAUGUUAUGAGAAGUCUAGAACAGAUUUCAGGUUGUAGUUUUAGUGUAAUUGGGAAAAGGUCACAGUUUGAAUGAGGUGAAGUCCAUAUGGCCACCACCACUAUGAGAUUGGAAGUAAUCACGUGUGCAUCAUAAGCAGAGUUAUAAUAGCAACAGCCAUUCUUGGGCCACUCUGAUGGUCUAAUGGUUAGUGAACCUAGUAUUCAGAAGGUCUCAGGUUCAAUCCCAAUUGUUGGAACUAAUAUCAGAAUUAAAGUUAGUAUUAAAUUUGUCACUAUAAAUAUAGCUAAUCAUCUGAAGACAUGUGAAGAGCUGAUUCUCAGAACAUCAUGUAUUUCAAAUGUACCAGUACCUAAGACAGUUGACAGUGUCCUUCAUAAAACUGUAAUGAACUCUUAUAUGUGGCUUAUGGUCAUGAGAAAAAAUAGAAACUUUGGAGAGAUGGCAUUUUUGAUAAUUACAUCAUCAAUUUAAAAUUACAUAUUCAGGCAGAACUACUUAGAAGGUAACUGAACUUCCAGAGCUUUCAGGAACAGUUACACCCCACUAAUAUCUAGUCACAUAUAGCACAAUGUGUCGUUUAUUUGUAAUUGUAAUGCUGUUAUACUUGUUCAAUUUUUCUCCUUGUUUAAGGUAACGCUCUUAGAUAUACAGUGGAACCUUGAUAUACCGCGGACUCAGAUAUGUUGUGGCUGUGAACUUGUCCCCAAUACGAUUACAUAUGUUUUACAUAUUUCACGUAUAACGCGGGUACUGAAGCUGUCCCCCAAAACCCGUGUUAUAUUGAGGUUCCACUGUACUUGUGGAAACAUGUUACUUAUACAGAGCAGGUUCUUGAGAAGGUGUAACUCAUCCAGUCACAUAAUUCCCUUAUAUUUUUUGGAACUGCAGUUCAUUAUAGUUAUCACAAGAUCUUGCAGCUGAUCCCUCUCCUGAGCACAUCUACAGAUAUAGAUUAAAAACAUUUUCUUUUGUUAAAUUUCCCUAUCAGUAUAUUGACAUGAUCAUUUUUCCUUUUUGUUAAUAUUAAUUUUUCUCUACUGAGAGUUAAUUAAGAUGGCGUUGGGCUGAACAUUGCAAACAUUAAACAUUUGAUUGUUUCAUGACACAGUGGUGAGAAAAUGUGCGAUAUAUGUAACUUGUUAGUGUGAUGUAUUACAGCUGGUGUGUAUGAUAUACAUAUUCACUAAUGAUUUAAAUUGCACUGUAUUAUAUAUCUGUGUAUGCACUUUGAUGGUUAUACUUUGUAUUUUAAAGUAAUAUUCUUAUAAAAUAUAUACUGUGUUGCAAUUAUUACUGUAGUAGGGGCCAAGGUCUUGCUACCACAUGAUGAAGCACUUUCUCAAAGUUUAUGCACCAGAAACAGUAGUCAGUUGUAAAUGUAAUUUGAUGUUGCAUACACUGCUCUGCCUUUGUAAGAAGAGAAGUGUGUUUUUGAUUGAACAUCCCUUGUGUUGGAAACUUCUUGCCAUAUUUACUCUUGUGUCCAAUGGAAAAUUGAGCUGGUCAGGGCUAACGUGGCAUAUCUCAAAUACAGCAAUAUUAAGUUGCACCAUCAUUCCUAUAGCUGAUAAUAUAAUCUAUUUGAGGGGUUGAGUGGUCCAAGAUACAAAAAAUUGAGCCACUUUAGCUGUGAGGAGUUCAGUUGUACUUUAUGUACCUGUUUCAGUAUUCAUUCAUUGUGAUAAAAUUGCUGAUAGCCAUGUAACUUCAAUUUAGUAUUUCAUUAUAGGGUAGAUAUAAUGCAUUGCAUUAUAUAGCUUCAUACAAAGUAUAAGUUGAAUAUCAAACCACCUGAAAUAUGUGUCCUUUGUGUUUUGUACCUAGAAAUAAAUAUUAGUGUCUCAGUCUUAUUUUAAUUUGAGACUGUAAAUGUAAAAUGUAACCCACUCUAGCAUCUUGAUAGUUAUAAACAAUUUACCUUUAUUUAGUGAUUGUUAAUUAAGGAGAAGACUUGAUCAAGAAACUCAGGGAGCAAGUAUUAAAAAUUAAAUUUAAUGUCAAAAGCUGUGUGGUGAAUUAGGGAAAGUAGAGUAGGUCUACCAGAAUGAAAUUUUGAAUAGGUAUGGUGUGUAGUUCUUUUGGAGAAUAUAGAAAAUACAAAAAGCUGUAAAAUUUACAAUAAUGCUUAUAAAAGUAUCAACUUAGUCUUAA